AACAUUCACGGUGCUGCAGCCUGCUACGUGCGACCAGCAGAGCCGUCGUCUCCUCCCGUCCCGAUCGACACACCGGCAGUCUGCGAUCCAUCUCGAGCGCAAUGUCUAAGAAGAUCGUUAUCAAAGCCGACCUCAUCGGCGAAAAAUGCAAGAGUGAGAUCCUAGCAAUUGUUUCCAAGAACCAAGGAAUCAAGUCCAUGACGAUCGACGCCGAGAAGUGCACGCUGACGGUGGUGGGGACCGUGGACCCGGUGCGCGUGGUGCAGCGGCUGAAGAAGAAGUGCUUCGAGGCGACCAUCGUGAGCGUGGAGGACGACAAGCCCGCCAAGAAGGACCCCUGCAAGGAGGCGUGCGAGAAGCUGUGCAAGGAGAGGUGCGACAAGGUCACCUGCUGCAAGGAGUGCAAGGAGAGGUGCGAGAAGGAGUGCAAGGAGAAGUGCGAGAAGGAGUGCAAGGCGUGGCUCUGCAAACGCCGCUGCUGCUCCUCCUCCAGCUGCAGGCCCAGCAGCAGCGCGUGCGGCGGCUGCAGCUAUGAUCAGUGCGCCGCCGUGCCUAGUAGCCACCCUUAUUACAGCUACUACAACCACGGAAGCGCCGGCGGGUACCCACCAUACUACGGCUGCUACGAAGAGAGGUCGCAUGAUGGAGCCUGCACCAUCCAGUAGUAAUGUUCUGCAAUCUGCAUGCAUGCCACCGUUCGACGAAAUGUGCGUGGUAUCGGGAUUGGAUCGGGGUUGUGUCUUCCUUUCUGGUUAUAGAUCUCACCCUGUAAUUUUUAGUUUGCAUCCAUUUCUUUUUCUUGUACUCCGUCCUACUAUAUAUCUCAUUUGAAGGUAAAGAUUGCGUGCUUUGUUCAUAAGAAAC